UCGUCCCUACCCGGAAUGUCUUGCCGGGCCCCCCGGGGCGCCUUUCCUGUCCCUCCCCCGGCGUCAGUUGCUUCCGGCCCAGCGAGGGGCAAGGCGCAUGUGCACACAGGCUUCGCGGGAGUGAACUCUGCGCAUGCGCGUCAAGGCGCGGCGAACCCGUGGGGAAUGGCUCGUCGGCUCGCGUCGGGGACUCUGGUGCCGCCUCUCGCUGCCCUGUGGCGAGGGGGCUGCCGGACGCACACAGGGGCUGGGCUCAGGGAGCUGGCACCGAUCCGGCAGUGGCUCAAGGGGAUCCGCACCCUGCAGCAGGACUAUCCAGAGAGCAUAGCAUCCUCUUGGCAAUGGCUCUGCUCAAAACCACCCAAAGGCUUUGAGAAGUAUUUUAAGAAGAAUGGAAGAAGUUCCGGCCCAGCAGAGGAUGGUCAUGAGACUAAAGGCCUCCCUGAUCCAAAAGAUCUCGGUCAUGGGAGAGAUGGCAGAGGAGGUGGUGGCAAGAGAGGAGGGAAGAAGGAGGAUUCUGGGUGGUGGAGGCGCAUGUGGAAGGGAGAGUUCCCCUGGGAUGACAAGAACUUCGGCUACCUGGCUGUCAUGGGGGCAGGCGCUGCCGUGGGAUUCCUCUAUUUUUUUUGGCGAGAUCCUGGCAGAGAAAUCAACUGGAAGCAUUUUGUCCAUUACUACUUGGCUAGAGGAUUGGUGGACCGUCUGGAAGUGGUGAACAAACAGUUUGUGCGCGUGGUCCUCGUGCCGGGUGUGACCUCGGAGGGGUAUGUCUGGUUUAACAUCGGAAGCGUCGAUGCCUUUGAACGGAACCUGGAGACUGCCCAGCUGGAGCUGGGAAUGGAAGGUGCUCAGCGGGUCGCAGUGAUUUACACCACGGAGAGUGACGGCACAUUCCUCAUGAGCAUGGUGCCCACUCUGCUGCUGGUUGGCUUCCUUCUGUUCACUCUGAGACGCGGGCCAACGGGAGCCGGGCGCGGAGGACGAGGGGGUGGGCUCUUCAGCGUUGGCGAGACCACAGCCAAGAUCCUGAAAGACAACGUCGACGUGCAGUUCCGAGACGUGGCCGGCUGCGAGGAAGCCAAGAUGGAGAUCAUGGAGUUCGUGAACUUCCUGAAAAACCCCAAACAAUACCAGGACCUGGGUGCCAAGAUCCCAAAGGGUGCUGUACUCACGGGCCUGCCAGGCACUGGGAAAACCCUCCUGGCCAAAGCAACGGCGGGAGAAGCCAACGUUCCCUUCAUCUCGGUGAAUGGCUCGGAGUUCCUGGAGAUGUUUGUGGGUGUGGGGCCCGCCCGGGUUCGGGACAUGUUUGCCUUGGCCCGCAAACAUGCCCCCUGCAUCCUGUUCAUCGAUGAGAUUGACGCCGUCGGCCGGAAGCGGGGCCGGGGGAACUUCGGGGGGCAGAGCGAGCAGGAGAACACCCUGAACCAGCUGCUGGUCGAAAUGGACGGGUUCAACUCCAGCACCAACGUGGUGGUGCUCGCAGGAACAAAUCGCCCAGACAUUCUGGACCCUGCGCUGAUGAGACCAGGGCGCUUUGACCGUCAGAUUUACAUUGGUCCGCCUGAUAUCAAAGGCAGAGCAUCCAUCUUUAAGGUCCACCUGCGGCCCCUGAAACUGGAGGAAAGCAUCAGCAGAGAUGCCCUGGCUCGGAAGUUGGCUGCAUGGACUCCAGGAUUCACUGGUGCUGACAUCUCCAACGUCUGCAACGAGGCUGCCUUGAUUGCUGCUCGCCACUUGAAUCCCUCUGUUGCUGAGAAGCACUUUGAGCAGGCCAUCGAGAGAGUCAUUGGGGGUCUCGAGAAGAAGACCCAGGUUCUGCAGCCAAACGAGAGGACCACAGUGGCCUAUCACGAAGCUGGGCAUGCUGUGGUGGGGUGGUUCCUGGAGCAUGCUGAUCCCCUGCUAAAGGUGUCCAUCAUCCCCAGGGGCAAGGGGCUCGGCUACGCGCAGUACCUGCCCAAGGAGCAGUACCUGUACACCAAGGAGCAGCUGUUUGAUCGCAUGUGCAUGAUGCUGGGCGGCAGGGUGGCUGAGCAGCUGUUCUUUGGGCGCAUCACCACGGGCGCUCAGGAUGACUUGAGGAAGGUGACGCAGAGCGCCUACGCCCAGAUCGUCCAGUUUGGGAUGAGUGACAAGCUGGGCCAGGUCUCCUUUGACUUCCUGCAGCAGGGCGAGAUGCUCACAGAGAAACCAUACAGCGAGGCGACAGCCCAGCUGAUAGACGAGGAGGUUCGAAGCCUCAUCAACUCUGCGUACGAAAGAACCCUGGAGCUACUGACACGGUGUCACGACCAGGUGGAGAAGGUAGGAAAGCGUCUCUUGGAGAAAGAAGUGCUGGAGAAAGUGGACAUGGUUGAAUUGCUGGGCCCCAGGCCCUUUGCAGAGAAAUCCACCUAUGAGGAGUUUGUAGAUGGCACCGGGAGCUUGGACGAAGACACCUCCCUCCCAGAGGGCCUGAAGGACUGGAACUGCGAGAGAGAUGAGGAGAGAGCACAGGAGAGCACCUCCUAGCAGUGAGAGCCGUGCCAGAGCUGCUGCCAGCCCUUGCCGCUGGGUGGGCCCCAGUCUCCAGGGAUCCUUUCUGAGUGCAUACUGCUGACACCGGACAGAGCCUUCCAGGAGGCCGGAGCAGGAGCGAGGCUGUCUGUAAAUAGGAACAGCAGGCAAGGCCCCUGCACUGCCGUGGUAGGGCUGAUGCACUGGCUUUCCCUCUGAAAGCUGUAGGUCCCGCCCUCUCCUCUCCUCUCCGCAGGGGCCAGCCUAGGGCCUGGCUGGCUGACACACUGGCUCCGGCCACACCCGGUCAGGAUAAGUGCUCGUUCCUACUGGCCGGUACAGCAGCUGCUUUCUUGGUGCUCAUGGCCCAGUCUCUGUGGGCCUGUUCAGUCUGUGCAGGGUGGAUGGAGCGUGCUCCUGCCAGCAUCCACCUCUCCCCAGCAGCUGUCCCAAAGCCAGCAACCCCAGGAGGGUGCUGGAAAGGACUCCCCAGCCAUGAGGCGGAGGCUUGGAGCCCAGGCAAGCAGUAGGGUGAGCUGUCCAGGAGCCAGCUCUCCUCUGAUUAGCGACUCUGUCUAGGAUGGGGUUACCCUAGUGCUACCACAGCAUCCUCCCCAACUGUAACACCCCCCCCCCCAGCACAGCCAGCCCUAUAUGAGGGAGGCCAAGGAUCCCAGGGCAUGUCCUAUGGCUCCCUGGGGUGUUAAAAGAGCCAACGCCAAAGCGGAGGGGAGGGUGUGCAGAUGGGGGAAGAUCCUCCCCUGCGAGUUCCUGUCCUCAGUGCCUUCCAUCCAGCCUUUGCAGGGUUGCAGCCGGGCUCCAGCAAAGUCCUGCUUUGCCUUUGUAUCCCUGUCCAUAAGCAGUGACUGAGCAAGGACAGAGGUCUAGGAGACGAGCCAGAACAAGUCCAAAGAGCCUUUCAGAGCCGCGGCCACAUGCGCCUGGUAGAAAGAGCCUGCCUGUGGGCAGUCAUUGCAGUGCUAGGCUGAGAAAGGACCCCCUUCGCCCAAGGCACCCGGCUCCAGGGGAGCCAAGAGCUCCUUGGAAAUGGGCUAACAAAAUGGUGCUAAUUAAGUGACGCUGCUGUGGGCUCUGCUCCCUAGCCUGGCCCACCCGCCCUGUUGGAUGUUGGCAGGAGUAACUCUGGCCCUGUAGGACUCGGUGAGUCAUGGGGCAGUGUGGAGUGCUGGUAGUCAAGUUCCCCAGCUCUGACCCGUGUUCUGGGGGGGUUGUGACUGGCCAUGUGAGUUCCUGGGGGCCUGGCAGCGGGUCUCUUGGUUUGGGGUGUCUUUAUGACACCUAUAGCCAUGUAUCAAAGCAGAAUAGCUGUUGGCCCAGACAUGCCUGGUGUGCCUCCAGUUCUCUCCUGGGCUAGAUCCUCUCUCCUGGCGGGGCGUUCCUAGCUCAGGCCGAUGGGGUGGAAAGGGAGGCCUAGCUUCUAAAAGCUGAGACGUGGAUUCCUUCCUUGUGUCGAGCCUGUGCCCUGAUAGGGCGUGGGCUUUGCCUGCCAUGCCUGCUUUGCGUGCAGCCAUGUUCAAUGCAGGAGAUAGACGUGGCCUGGGUGCGCCACUGCUCUGGCAUGGUGGAGCUUUGUGCCAUGGCAGUUAGCAUGCAGCAUCCCUGCAAAGGGCAUUUCUCUGCCCAGCCCUCUGACCAUGGGCUCCUGAGUGAGCAGCAUUCAUGCUGCAGGCCCCAGCCACUGGGGGCUGUGAGGGGAGGGGCAUCUGCAGCCAAACCCAGACAACACCCCCAGUACAGUUCAGAAGGUGACGUUUUCGUGGUGGGAGGUAGCUUUGCAAAUGGCCUGUGCCCCCCGGCAGGCUGGGCUUCCCUAGCGCCGGUGCCAUGCUUCACUCCUGCCCCUCGGCCAGGAACACAACUGAAAGAUUGCAGCACCUCUGCUGCUGGAGGAGGCCGCUCCAGCCAGGCCGCUGGAUGGCAGACAUGCUGCCUUCGAAGUACCUUCCCCUGCAGCCAUCAGCGUUUAGCUUUGGAGUCCCUUUACUCCCAUUUCACGAAGGCAAAUGCAGACAGCAUAACCCCUGAUCUGUUACGCUGACAUCCCCCUCUGCCUGGUAUAGUCACUUCCCCUGGCCGCAGGGGAGUCAAGCUCAGCUAUUCACCCCUGGGAGCAUGUUCCAGCCUUCUUGGGUUUAGGAACUGCAGUCCAUACUCCAGAGCCCGGUUCGCUCCUUGCCUCCAGGACCCACUGUCUGGGGGGCAGAGCUGGGCACAUCUGUGUGGGGGUGGAGGGGAGCACUGACUCGGGCUGGUGCUAUGGAGCUAAACCUACGAGUCUAGAUGUGCCAGGCUCUGAAAUGUAGCAAAUGGCCUAGCAGAAAUGCCCUCCUGGGGCUGGGCGACUGUUGCCAGUUCAGAUACAGUAAGAAGCGCCUCUGCUGAAUUUCCUCUGCAGGAGUGAGGCUGGCAAGCCAGCUGCUGUGCAGCCAGGAGCCUGUUGUUCCUUCUGUGGAGUGUAGGCCUGUUGCAGCAAGAACCCAGCCCAAGUGGCAGCAAUGACUUGGUCUGGACAGGUAUGAAGAAUGCUUUGUGUGCUCCGUGUGGCUGCAACUUGCCCAAGGGUUAUGGCUAGACUGAAACUUCAGUAGCCAGCCCUGGGCUGCACUGCCUCGUAAUCAGUAUUUGACUCCUAACACCUGGAGAGCACCAGGUGGGUCUUUCCUCCAAACACUGCAGACGCAUGGUUUGGCUCAGCUGUGUUCUCCUGGAAGCAUUUUGCAUUUAUGUCACCCUGAUGGGUGUGCUCUGCUGGCUAAGCAGCUACUGUCAAAUCUGUUUCCGCCCCUUGUCUGCUAGCUGUCCUCUGCGGUUCUCUGACAUUUGUCGCUUCCAAAGCACAAGAAGCUGGUACCCUGCAGCUCUCCUCUGCCUAGUGCCUGCGGAAGAGGCCCUGGCUUACUCAGCAGAGCCGCCCACUCUUUGUUUGUUCCAAGUCAGAUCUGCUGAUUAGCGGUGAGAAAAGGCAUUUACUGCUUUUUACUCCCGAAGGACCAGAACCCCAUUGUGCUAGGCACAAAAUUCAGUCUGUUACGCCACUGGAAGCAGCAGGCCUGUGCCAAUGGCACAAAGGGCAUCAUGUGAAGGCAGGCGGAAUUGCAUGCCUGGUGUUAAUGCACCCUGGAACCCCACCAUUCCUGUGGCUGAGGAAGGGAAGAAUCCUGCUUGAUCAGAUCGCAGGCUGAGUUUGGGGCACUGGCAGUUAGACAAAUCAGAUAUUUGCUUGUAAAUGGAGCCCUCUGAAUUGGACUCAUCACCCAUAAACACGAGCUACUCUGCUGGAAUCCCUUUGUGACAUUGCCACGCCACUGCGGCUGUCCUGCCUUCCUUUCCAGCGGUGCCAUGCAGGUAGGGAGCAAGGAGGGAAGGAGAAGAUGGAGCUGACUAUUAUUAUUAUUUAUAAUGUAUUUCUUUUCACAUGGUGUAGCUGGCACAGCAGUGUGUGCUUGGGAGGGGGAGGGCAGCACAAAGGAAAACUAGCUUUGUCAUUGUCUCCAGUGAUCCAGCCACGUGUCCAGACCCCUUUACCGCUUUGAUAACUACAGAGUUGUGAUUUCUAAUGCAGGGUGCCAAAUAAACCCAACCCCACUGUGUGGUGAGGGAUCA